AUGUGGGCCUUGGGUGUGACUGGUACUUAUUUAGGUGAUUAUUUUGGAAUCCUCAUGGACGAGAGAGUCACUGGUUUCCCAUUCAAUGUUACAGAUAACCCAAUGUACUACGGAAGCUUCCUAUCAUUUUUGGGCACUGGUCUUUGGUUCGCCAAACCAGCUGGUAUUGCAGUUUCUGGUUUCGUUCUCGUCAUGUACUUGAUUGCUCUUAGAUUCGAAGAGCCUUUUACUGCUGAGAUCUAUGCCAAGAGAGAACGGGAAAGAGCUAAGAAGGCUAAAUAA